AUGGCUACUAGUGUAAUCGCCCUAGGUGGGAAUGCAAUUCUAGAGAAAGAUCCAACCGAUAUUGGGCAAAAAGAAACGGUUAAUAGGGCAGCAAGAUAUAUUGUUGAAUAUAUAAAGGCUGGAAAUAAAGUGGCAAUUUGUCACGGUAAUGGUCCGCAAGUGGGUAAUUUGUUGUUGCAACAGAAUGCCGCUAAUUCUAAGAAAAAUCCUGCUUUUAGACUUGAUACCUGUGGGGCAAUGACAGAGGGUAGCAUUGGUUAUUGGAUUCAACAAGGGCUAGAUAAUGCUUCUAAAGAUCUUGGUCAAAAUAUCAAAUCUCUUACGGUUAUUACCCAAUCUGAAGUUGAUAAAAAUGAUCCAUCUUUCAGGUCUCCAA